AUGUCAAUCGAGCAAGCCAAUGCUUUCUACUCCUCUAACCCAAAGAGGCCUUAUGACCCUUAUUCCAACACCUACAAUGAAGGAUGGAAACAGCAUCCCAACUUUUCCUACAAAAACCCCCAAGCACAACAAAACCCUCCACCACCACCUCAACCCAAUACCUACAACCAACCACCACCAGGCUUCCAACAGAAACCACCCAAUGCCCAACAACCUAUGCAACCACAACCUCAUAAAUCAAGCCUAAAGGUGACUUUAGAGAGCUUCAUAACCGCAACAAACAGUGCCAUCCAACAUCAAAAUAGCUCUAUCCAACAAUUGCAGGCCCAAAGUAAACUUAUGGAGAAUCAGAUAAGCAAAUUGGCCAACCAAUUUAACCAAGCUUUAAAGACUCUAGGAACCUUCCUAGGCCAGACAGAACAACCUCAAAGAGCCAAAAUGAAUUUUGUAGCCCUGAGGAGUGGAAGGCAGUUGGACGAUCCUCCUACCAUGGAGCCAUCAAGGGAGGUCAAUGAAGAAGCAGAGGCAAGUGAGAAGGAAUUAGAAGAUGCUAGAGUUGAGGAGGCAUCAAGGGAACCACCACCAAAGCCACUUGCUCCAUAUGUGCCCAAGAUUCCUUUUCCUCAAAGGUUAGCACAAGCUAAACUUGAGAAAAAGUUCAAUAAGUUCCUCGAUAUUCUUAAAAAGCUUCAUAUUAAUAUUCCAUUCCUAGAUGCCAUAUCUGAGAUGCCUUCUUAUGCAAAAUUUUUAAAAGAUAUGCUAUCUAACAAAAGGAAAUUAGAAGAGAAUACUACAGUUGCUUUGAAUGCAGAGUGUAGUGUUAUUUUGCAGAACACUCUCCCUAAGAAAUCAGGAGAUCCAGGUAGCUAUUCAAUACCAGUGAAGCUUGGAGAUAUUAAGAUCAAUAGGGCACUAUGCGAUCUAGGUGCAAGUGUGAGCCUUAUGUCGCUGUCCAUAUGCAAGAAGCUACAGAUGGGUGAGCUUAAACCUACACGAAUAUCUCUACAACUUGCAAACAGGUCCGUGAAGUUUCCUUUGGGUGUACUUGAGGAUGUACCCUUCAGAAUGGAAGAAGAUGUGAAUGUUCCGAUCAUACUUGGUAGACCUUUCCUAGCUACUGCAGGUGCAAUCAUAGACAUGAAGAAAGGUAAGAUCACUUUUGAAGUAGGUGAUGAAAAGAUGGAAUACUCACUUUUGAAUGUCAUGGGUGCUCCCUCUACGGAAAACACUAUUUAUCAGAUAAGCCAACUUUCGCAACAGGAGCCUAGAAAGGACGUAAGGAGCAAGGAUGUUCAAGGCUCCAAAUAUGUAGCUUCACCGGCCAAUGAUGAACCGAUGCCCUUCUCGCAACGGUUGUCAAAAGCCGUGCUUGAUGGGCAUAACUCUACGUUCGAUGGUGGUACCUGUUUGAGAAUCGAUGCUACUAACCCCCCGAUUGAUAGGUAUGUGUUUGACAGGAAUUUCGUGAAAGGGAAGGAUAAAGUUCCACCCGAUGGCAUGUUUGGCUAUGUGAAGGUGAAUUCGGUUAGAAGGCAAGUGAAUAAGCCGAUGAAGGAGUCGCUUGGAGGAAUUCAUGAACAUCGCGGUCCUCCUUCUCCGUGUAAUGAUCCCGGUUGA